UAUGGUGACAACAUUUUGACAGUAAUAAUAUUGUUAAAAGGUGCGAAUCGUUCUUGUUCUAUUAUUUAAAAAAAUGCUAAAAAGUAUUUUUUAAUACCACAAAAGGCAGAUUAUAUUAAGUUGGUGAAGUUUUCAACUAAUUUUUAAUCGAAUUGAAGUGGUUAUUGUUAUGUACUUGAAGUCAUGAUUUAAAAAAGGUUCUUGUUAGUUUGUGUCCAUAGAACGAUACUGCACGUAAAAUUUAAAAAUGUGAGUUAAUAUUGCUUGAACAGUCUUCGAUUUAAAAGUGCAACUUUAUUGAAAACUUUAUGUGAUAAAAAAUAAAGACAGCAUUAUUAAUAUGACUACCAGCAAGCAAGAGACUAAUUUUCGGAUGUAUUACGACAUAGAUAAAGAGAGCAUAAGAAAUGAACUUUAUUGUACAAUAUGUGGUAUAAGUAUUAAACUGGGCCAAAAAGUUGAGGAGCACCCUGUUUUAAAGGUAGCUGUAUGUAAACCAUGUCUUUUAGAAUAUAAUGCAGCUGAUUUUAACAAGAACGAUUUGUGUGUAUGGUGUGGAGAAAAGAAUAAUACCUUAAGAAGAUGUUUUAUGUGCAAAACUGGGUUUUGUAAAAAAUGUUUAAGUCACAACUUAGAUGAUAAGGGUAAGUGGGAGGGAAAAUGGUUUUGUCUUAAAUGUGAUACAGAGCCAAUUUGGCCACUUAGGAACAUUUUUGUUAAAGCAGAUCUUUGUAGCAGAAAACAAAGAAGUCUAUCUCAGGAAAAAAUACUUCCUAAUGAACAGCCUUUGAGACGACUUAAACGUUCUAAAAGUGUAGGAUGUGCAUUAUCUUUAAAAGGAGAUUCUUUAGCAAAUCAAAUCUCAAAAGAAACUAUGAAGAAUUUAAAAAAAACGAAUUAUCAAACUUUACAAGACUUUCUGAGAAUUAUUGCAAAAGAUAUGAUACUUCUUUUUAAUGAAUGCAAUAAGAGUGUCGACGACUUCAAAUUAGAUGUUUUUCAGCCAUACACAACUAAAAUAAGUCAAAUAAUAAGCUGGUUUUCGUAUUUGUGUUUCUUUAUUGAUAGUGUUAAUGAUAAUUUAAAUCAUUUGAGAACGAAAAUUUUAAAAGAAAGUGUCGAAUGCAAAAACUACGAUGGAAUAUUGCUACUUUCAGACUAUAGAAUGAAACUUAAGAAAAACGGCAAAAAGGUAGAUACUUCGCCUGAUAGUAUGGUUUUGCCGUUUUCAAGUUCAUCACAAUCAAGCCAAGAUGAUCUUUAUCCAUUACAGUCUACAUCUCAAGUCAAGAAAAAUUCUCCAAAAAACUUUCGGUUGAGUUUAAAAAAUAGAAGAAUUAUUUAUUCAUCUGAUGAGUCUUCAGAUGAAGUGGAAAGUAGUACUACCCAUAAAAAAACUUUUGAAGAAAUUCAAGAGAAAAAGAAAAACUCAAAGCAGCAAAGUCCAGAUGCUCAAGAAAAAGCAGAAAAUAAAUUGAGAGAUAUGGAAGCUAAAGAUGAAGCAGCAAUUCUUAAGGAACUAGAAGACAGCAAUAAAAAAAGGGAGGAAAAUAAGCAGGGAAGCAGUUGUUCGGAGUCAACUGAAAUAUAUUCACAUGACUUUUUGACUGCUCGAGACUCAAGCGCACAAUUCGUCGAUAGCGAAGAAACUAUAGUACGCCCAAACUAUGGCGGUCUGGAAAUUUGUCCUGAAACAGGUUAUUAUAUUGGUGGGACAGUUCCAGACUCUUCCCAGUCGAGUAGUGCGGGACUCACAGACAGCGAUACUCAAUCGUUUGUAUUCGACAUUCCUGAUAAUUUAUUAAAAAGUGUUGCAGACAUUGCAGGUGUUGAGGCCCAGGCGGUUGCAAAACAUGCUGAGACUGAAAAAGGUCAAAAUGAAAACGGCGUGAAUAGUAAUAAUUUAGAAACGAAUACAAAUGAAGGUGAAUUAAUAAUUAAUGUCGGAGACCAUGAAGGAGAAAUAAAAGAUAAAAAGCAAGUACUUAAUGAAAAUAAAGACGAUGAGAUAAAUGAAGGAGCAGAACUUUCAGAAAAAAAUAGUGAUUUGAAACUUGAUGCUAACUAUGUGGAAGAAAAAAUUGACGUUGAAGAAGAAAAGCCUCGAAAAAUUGACUCAAUAACUGAUGAUGAAGUUUUCAUACAAGAAAAUUCAAUGCAGGAAGUGAAAGAUGAGGAUAAUGUAGAAGAACAAAUAAAUAAGAUUCUGAAUACUGUAUCAGAGUACACCAAUUAUAUCAAUCCUAGCAAUGUUGACGUUAAAGAAGAAUAUAAUUAUAGCACUGAUGAACUUGAAGAUUUAUUAAGCGAGUCUGAUGAAAACGAGAAAGAUAUGUCUACAAAUGUCGAUGAAGAAAAGUUGAAAAAAGCUUUCACACAUCUUCAAAAUGAUAAUUUUAUGACAGAUGUGAAUAUCACAAGCGAGUCUUCUUUGGAUGUGUCAAGUGACGACAGUUUUUCCGAUAGCGAUGGAUUAAACGCGGUAUGUUCGUCUAAGGAACAAGAAAAAGUUUUGGGACGUAUUGUAUCAUUACCUUUGCAAGAAUUAAUCGUCCAAAACAAUAGUUUGAAUGACAGUAGAGAAGGUGAUAAUGUAGUGGAAGAAGAAACUGGUGGAACAAGUACAGAUAACACACCAGAUAUUCUUCCAGCUACUUCUUUAUCAAAUGAACAAGACGAAAAAAUUGUAAAUGAAAAGUCAAGUGAUAAGCCGUUUGUACCGAAAAGUUGCUGUGUUCUUUUGGACAGACUGCCUAAGGACUUCGUUUUGAACAAACUAAGAGAAAUGAAAAUGGAUAAAGAACGCGAUAUUGAAGAUGCUGAAUUGAAAAAACUUUUGAACCUAAAAACUCUGGACAGAAAAAGAAGACAUUCCUCUAGUGAUGAAGAAAAUCAAAAAAAGAGACAAAGAAACAGUGUUUAUAGUCCAAAAAUUACUCAACAAAAAGAUACGUCGUCUUCAAGCGAAGACGAUCAAUUUUACGAAGAUUCUGAUGAAGAGGGACACAAUGUAUCAGAUAAAAUUGAAGAAAUUAAGAAAAAUAGUGAAACUCAGGACAACCAAGGUCUGCACAUUUUGGAUGAAAUAGCGAUACGUCACAAAGCUAGUAAUUUCCUUAGUAGCGAUUCAGAAGAUGAUAGUGAUGCUUAUGACGAUGAAGAGGAAGAAGAAAAUGAAAAGAAAAAAACGUUUAAAAAGAAAUUGGAAAAGGACAAAGAAAAAGAAUCAGAAAAAGAUAAAACUAAGGAGAAGACAAAAAGUACAAGUUGGAGGAGUGAUCCUUUGUUACGCCAGCGAUUUGAGAUCUCGUUAGAUUCAGAAGAUUCAGAUACUGGUGAGGAAAAGAAAUCCAAAAGUGUUUCAAAAAAGAAACAAGAACUAGUCGAAACGAUUGAGGAUGAUUUGGAUAUUGAGAUGCCACAAAGACAAAGGAAAAGAAAAAAAUCGUAUUCAUCGAGUUUCACAGACGACGACAAAGAUAUCAAAACUGAACUAAGUGAUGAUUUUCAGAUGCCCGCAUCCUUUAACUCAAAUAAAACAAUCAUACUAUUGUCAUCGUCAGAUAGCGACAUUGAAUUUAUAACGGAUUCGCCUAUAAGAAACAAGGCAAAAUCUAGGAAAAAAAAUAAAUCGGAGAGUGAGAACGAUGAAGAUUCUCUCAGAAAGAAAGGUCGUAAAAACAUUAGAGAGAUACUUUCAGACGAUGUUCUAGAAGAGGAUACCAAGAAGGCGAUUGAAGAAGAAAAGCAGCGUAACAUACGAGUUUCUCAAAAGCAGCAAUUGAUGUCAAAUUUUCUGUCUCAAUCGUCGGAAAAUUUGGAAGAAGAGGGACUUAUUUUGGAUGUUGACAGUGAGACACAGAAACCCCUGAUAGUGGUCAACCACAAUUUAUCAAAAAGACUUAAAAACCACCAGUCAGAAGGGGUGAAGUUUAUGUGGAGUUCUUGUUACGAAAGUGUAGAACAAAUUAAACAAGAUAACAAAGGAUCUGGCUGUAUUUUGGCACACUGUAUGGGACUUGGAAAAACUUUUCAGGUAAUCACUCUCAUUCAUACUCUGUUUAAAUACCAAAAAGAGACCCGUACAAAAUGUGUGUUGGUGGUUUGCCCCUUGUCUACGGUGCUUAAUUGGGAAAACGAGUUCAAAAUUGCAUUUAACAUCGCUUCUAACUCUAAAAGACCUAUCGUGUAUAUUCUAGGGGAUCAACAAAAUUCAACGUUUAGCAAGGCUUCCAGAAUAAAACGGUGGCAUGACCAAGGCGGGAUACUAGUGAUGGGUUACGAGGCAUACUCUUCAGCCCUUAAGACUAUAAGAUAUUCUCAAAAUACCCAUGACAAAAUAAAUGCAGCCUUAGUUGAUCCAGGCCCCGAUUUGGUAAUUCUCGAUGAGGGACAUUUGCUUAAAAACGGCAAAACCAGCAGAACGAUCACUCUUAUGCAAAUUAAAACGAAACGUCGCAUAAUUUUGACCGGUACACCGAUGCAGAACAAUUUAAAAGAGUAUUAUCAUAUGGUGAACUUCGUAAAACCGAAUUUACUGGGCAGUUGGUUGGAAUAUAGCAAUCAAUUCGUUAAUCCAAUUGUAAAUGGUCAGUACGACGAUUCAACGGAAGAAGACGUACGAAAAAUGAAAUAUAGAAGUCACGUUCUUAAUAAAAAAUUAAAAAGAACAAUACAGAGAUUCGAAGUCUCAGAAUUGGAGACGUAUUUACCCCCUAAACUGGAUUAUGUUCUUUUCGUCCAAUUACAUCCUGUUCAAGUACAAUUAUACCAAGCGUUUCUGGAAAACUUAAAUGUGGACGUGAUCCAGGCAGGACGACUCUUCGCUCAUUAUCAUUACCUUCAGAAUGUUUGGUCCCACCCUUACUUGCUGGUUCUUCAAGAUAAAAUGAAAAACAUGACGAAAGACAAGAAUAUCAAGGAGAUUGAUACUAUCGAUCUAGAUCCGGAGAUUACGAUGGUCGAACAAAAACCAAUUGCGACCAACUGGUGGUCGCGAAUUAUUCCUAAAGAUGUGGGGACGAACAUAGAGUAUGGUUCCAAGUUUUACAUCAUGCUAUCGAUAAUUGAAGAGGCAAUUUCCUGUGGAGACAAAAUUGUCGUGUUUUCGAACAGUUUGAAUGAACUUGAUGGUAUCGAACACUUUUUAAAGUUGGUAGGGACACCGAGUUGUAAAGUCUGGCGGAAUAAAAUAGAUUAUUAUCGAAUGGAUGGCACCAUAAAGCCUGAUAGUCGUAUGAGCCUUUGUAUGUCGUUUAAUAACCCCAAGAACACCCAAACCAAAGUAUUUUUGGUCUCCCAUAAAGUUGGAGGAUUGGGAUUAAAUUUAGUUGCUGCAAAUCGUGUUAUUUUAAUGGACGUAAAUUGGAAUCCGUCUUAUGAAAGUCAAAGUAUAUUUCGAACCUAUCGUUUUGGACAAAAAAAGACUUGUUACGUUUACCGUUUAGUAUCAAUGGGAACGAUGGAAGAAGUCGUUUAUGAAAGAAGUGUAACAAAAUUAGCUGUAGCAGGCCGUGUGGUUGACGAAAGACAAAUCAGCAGACAUUACAAAAGUGACGAUCUACAAAAAAUGUAUAGAGCAAACUUUGAUUUGAAUCAACUAAGGCCAAAUCUAAACGUUCCUGAAGACGUAGUUUUGGGCAAAGUCUACCAGAAACAUACCAAAGAACUUUUUAAAUAUCAUUCGCAUCAAGCAUUGCUAGAAAACUUACCACACGAAAGUCUUACAGAAGAAGAAAUGGAGAGGGCGUGGCUUGAAUUUGGAAGAGAAAAUGAAGCUGCAAGAAAAUUGGAAAUUAGCAAACAAUUUAUAGAAAAUGCAAAAAAGAAUUCGGUUGAUAUACGAUAUCAAAAAAACAUUGAAACUAUAAACGCUCUUGCUGAAGACGUGGCAAACAAAGGCCCUCUUUUAAAUUCCACGAUUAUGAGAAAUGGAAAUUUCCUCAAUAUUCCAAACACGUCAAUGUCAGCAUCUUUAGUUCCUGCUGCUUGUCGUGCAUUUGCCAAAGAAAACUUAAACAAUUUUAUAUCCAGUCAAAAGACACUUACACAAACACUACCUUUGAUAAGUAAUGUUUCUAGUGCUUCACGGAAUUCUUCCACUCAAGUGGGUCAGUUUGAAGAAGUGUUCGUUCCUACUAGAUUUGGUGAUGUUGAUGCCAAUGAAAACAGAGAUAAUGAUGUUAUUGUACUUGAAGAUAAUUCAUGGUACAAUCCUAGUCCUGCAUCUGUUGAUAAUAAUAAAAGUAGUGAAUAUUCUAAAACUGAUGGUCGAAUCAAAGCAUCUGAGCAAGUUCCAAAUAAGAAUCGGUUUCCUCCAUCUAAUCGUAUAAACAUCAACCUUCUUAGAAAACCAGCUUCAACGCGACUAGUUCCACGUGCUACUAAUACCAUGAUCUCCCAGGAGGUGAUAGACGUGGAAAACCACUCGCUUUUGGCAAAGCUUGCAAAAAAUCACGACAUAAGUGUAUCGCAAAUUUUGAAACCGAAAAUUCCGGAAGUUGAUGAUCAGACUGACAAAGGAAAUACUUCUAACAACUGUGAUAAUGUGGUGGAGACAAGUAACGUUUUUUAUGCAACUUUCCUAGUUUGAUUAAUUUAACACGAAAGACAAACAUCUUGAAUUAAAUUAAAAAUUUUAAAUAAUUAUAUCGACUUUAACGAAUAACGAUUAAUUUUAAAUUUAUCAGCAACUUAUCGUGUGAUAAAAUUAAAUUCUAUUUGACACACCCAACAACCUGCAACCUUUUAAUUUUCAAUCAUUACCCU